AUGGAGCCACGAACGAAAAGAAAGCGUACGACACAUCCCCGACAUGUCGACUCUUUCAAUCUCUCGUCCAAUCAUGACGACUUUCCACGACCGAUGACUUCAGGCAACUUGCCUCCCACUUCACAAGAGACACUAAGAGCAAGAACACUUACCUCUACCAAUGCUGAGCAGUUUCGAUCUGGUGGUGCCAUGUUUGAGUACUCCAUCGAUGAUGAGCUUGAACAAGUUAUAGUGGCAGUGGAUAUGAGAGAUUCGGGAACUGUCGGAUGUUCCUACUAUUCAGCACUGGAAGAGACACUAUACCUCCUAGGCGAUCUACGCCACUCCAGUAAGGAUAUGAUCGACAGUUUGGUCCUCCAGACGAAGCCUACUGUACUCUUGAUAUCUCCCCGUGUGGAUCCAAACAACCUCCAAGAAAGACCAUGGGAUGAACAAAUUAGCAAUACACACUCCUAUGUCCCCUACCAACUUGACGUCCGUCCAUCGCAAGAAUUCAACUAUUCCAAUGCAAAGAACAAACUGAUUGCUUUAGAAAUAUCUUCAAGACAUGAGCAUCGCAUCAAGUUCUUCGUGCCACACAGUGGGUUAGUUGACGGUGAACAAUUAGAUACUGAGAAUCUGGACCUCACAUUGCAGGAAGGCAAGCUUCUGCAUGUGUCCGGCUCCAUCGAUAUGGAAAAUACAGUGACGAUUGGAUGUGCUGGUGCCAUACUCGCUUAUCUACAAAGGCGUCGAGCUUCCAUGUCGAUAUUAAACGAGGGAGCCUCUAGAAUCUUCAGAGUUUCAUCCGUGGAAAUGUUCACUCUAAGCGGAACUAUGUUUGUCAACGGUAGAACCUUACUUUCGCUCCAAAUUAUGGAAUCUGAAUCUCAUCCCAGCAUGGUGAAUCAGGGCCCAGGAAGAAAGUCAACGUCAUCAAAGGAAGGGCUUUCAGUUUAUGGUCUCUUCCAGCGCUUUGCAUCUACACCACAGGGAAGAAACAAACUAAAGCAGAUGUUUCUCCGACCGAGCGUGGAACUUGACGUUAUCAAUGAGCGAAAUUCCUUCAUCAGUGUGUAUCAUAGGGCUGACAACUUUAAUCCAUUGGACAAGCUGGUCAGGGGCUUGAAGCACAUUAAGAACCUCCAAUACGCGAUGAUCAACCUUCGAAAAGGCAUCAGUACCGGAAGCGGGAAGAUUACGGGGUUCAAGGCGACUGUGUGGGCUACUUUACUGGCCUUUGCUUUCUAUGGAAUUGACAUCCAAGACGCUUUACGAGAGACUUCGAAUGGUGCUAAUUUGGCUCUACAUAACAAGGCGCUACGUGCUUUCGAGGCAGCUCAAUUGUACAAAGUCGACAUUGAUAGCUCAGAGGAACAGGGCAGAACCGUUGUGAAACCUGGAAUAGACAGGGAGUUGGAUCGCAUAAAGGACAGGUAUGACGGUAUGAAUAGUCUUUUGAAGCAGGUUGCGAUAGAGAUAGCGACGACCAUUCCCGAGAGCUACGACAUAGAUGUCAAUGUCAUUUACUUCCCGCAACUCGGUUUCAACAUUGCGAUUCCUCUCAAUGAGGCGGGAGACGCCGCUUACAGGGGCGCCGAAGACGAGUGGGAACUCAUGUUCUUCACAGAAAACAGAGCUUAUUUCAAGGACUUCAGGAUGAGGGAGAUUGAUGAGAAAUUAGGUGACAUCUAUGGCAUAAUCUGUGAGAAGGAGAUCGAGAUAGUUUAUGAUCUCGCGCAAAGGGUACUUCAAUAUGAGACGGUGCUUUUGGAAGCAUCAGAUAUAUGUGGGCAAAUAGACAGUCUUCUUGCAAUGGCUCAAGCGGCUAGCUUUUACAAGUUGGUGCGCCCUAAGAUGGUGGAAGGAGAUGUUAUCAAGAUCAGAGGCGGCAGACACAUCCUACAGGAGCUUACGGUUUCGUCUUAUGUGCCCAAUAAUACCUUCUUGGUUGGUAGAAGGACACAGGGAGAGCCGUUGGGGUCUCUUCAUUUGACAUCCAACCCACACGAAAGUGACUAUGGACCAAGCAUGCUACUACUUACAGGGCCGAAUUAUUCUGGGAAGAGCGUAUACAUGAAGCAGGUAGCUCUCAUUGUCUACCUAGCGCAGGUGGGAAGCUUUGUGCCAGCUGAAAGUGCAGAGCUUGGAAUCGUUGACAAAAUCCUGGUCAAGUCAAACACUCAAGAUAGCGUCUCCCAGAUACAAAGUACCUUCAUGAACGAUCUGCAGCAGCUAUCCUUUGACCUGAAGCAGGUAACCGGCCGUAGUCUGCUGUUGAUAGAUGAAUUCGGCAAAGGCACCAAUGAGAAUGACGGCAUCGGACUGGCAUGUGGAGUCCUCGAACAUUUACUAAACCGCGAAGAUGCUCCCAAAGUCAUAGCUGCAACACACUUUCAUGAGAUUCUCGCGAACGGUUAUCUCAAACCUAGACCGCGGUUACAACUCGGCCACAUGGAGGUCCGUGUGCAUGAAGAACCCGGUGAGGCUGAAGACCAGAUCACCUAUCUCUAUAAUUUCCGCCUAGGACGAAGCGAUCAAAGCUUUGGGACAAUAUGCGCCGCGAUGAAUGGUAUCAGUCAGGAAAUUGUCGAUCGAGCAGACGAAAUUGCCUCACUAUCUGCUCGUGGUGAAAAUCUUAUUGCCGCUUGCGCUGUCCUUUCGGCUCAAGAGACGCAGGCUCUGGAUGAUGCAGACAAAUUAGCGAGGGAGUUCUUGUCAUUGGAUUUGUCUGCGCCUUGUGAUGUUGAGUUGAUGAGGGAUAGGCUGGAGAAAUUGUUCGACGGAUCUGGUGCGGAUUCUUGACUGCCAGCCGAGAUUAUAUAUCCCAUCACCCGAACGAUUAAUGGUCCACGUCAACAACUGUUACCGGCACAGACUACUAACAGCUACUUAUGAA